AGCAUACAUCCAAUAUCCAUAUAACAAAAUGACUUUCUUAUCAAUCCUCACAUUCACACUAUGCUCCCUACUACUCACCCUCACUCCUUCACAAGCAGCCAACUUUGAGAUCGUCAACAAUUGCCCUUACACCGUUUGGGCAGCUGCUAGCCCAGGUGGUGGUCGCCGCCUCGACCGCGGUCAAACAUGGAACCUCUGGGUUAAUCCUGGUACCGCCAUGGCUCGUAUUUGGGGUCGUACCGGUUGCAACUUUGAUGGCAGCGGUCGUGGCCGUUGCCAAACAGGAGACUGCACCGGUGGACUCCAAUGUACCGGUUGGGGUGUCCCACCAAACACAUUAGCCGAAUAUGCGUUAAACCAAUUCGGAAAUCAAGAUUUCUACGACAUCUCUCUUGUCGAUGGUUUCAAUAUCCCAAUGGAUUUCUUCCCUCUUAACGGUGGAUGUCAUAAAAUCAGUUGCACUGCCGAUAUCAACGGACAGUGCCCUAACGAAUUGAGGACUCAAGGUGGCUGUAACAACCCUUGUACUGUUUUUAAGACCAAUGAAUAUUGUUGCACUAAUGGCCAAGGAAGCUGUGGGCCCACUAAAUUCUCAAGGUUUUUUAAGGAUAGGUGUCAUGAUUCAUACAGUUACCCUCAAGAUGAUCCAACAAGUACUUUCACUUGUCCUGCUGGAUCUAACUAUAAAGUUGUUUUCUGUCCUCUUGGAGCUCCUCAUAUUGAGAUGUCACUAAACCAGACCGGUGUGUAUUGAAAUGUGUAUGUGAUCAAUGGUGUGUUCUUUCAAUAAGUUGAAGUUUUUUUGCUAAAACUUCAUUUAGGUAGCUACUUUGGCUUUGCUUGGGGUUUAUAAUUACUGUAUUUUGCUGUGUGUAUUGUGUGUACGAUGAAGUAUUAAUGGAUGGAGCCAAUGAAGUUUUUUAAUUAUGUGAUGAA